CAUUCGCCGAAGCGCGUUCGUAAUGAAAGGAGCGCGGGAGCGGCGGCGGCUGUGACUUCCUCGCUCCGCGGCAGUAGCACCAUCCACAUUCACAUUGUGUGGAGGAAAGCGGCAGCACGUUGUUGCCUUCUCCGCGCUCAACUUUACAAUCAUUAAACGCUCUCUUGGUCGGGGAGAUACUACAUUCAGAGCCACAAGCCACCCUCUCAGAGGUCUGUGAGUGAACCCUGUCUGCGCAAACAUGUCGGCCUCGGCGGCAAAAGUGAGUAAAAAGGAGCUCAACUCUAACCAUGACGGAGCGGACGAAACCUCCGAGAAAGAGCAGCAAGAAGCUAUUGAACACAUUGAUGAGGUUCAAAAUGAAAUUGACAGGUUGAAUGAACAGGCCAGUGAGGAAAUCCUCAAAGUAGAACAGAAGUACAACAAACUCCGUCAGCCGUUCUUUCAGAAGAGAUCAGAACUGAUAGCCAAAAUUCCAAACUUCUGGGUCACCACAUUUGUCAACCAUCCACAAGUAUCGGCUCUAUUGGGGGAGGAAGACGAAGAAGCACUUCAUUACCUGAGCCGAGUGGAAGUCACAGAGUUUGAAGACAUCAAGUCAGGCUACAGAAUAGAUUUUUAUUUUGAUGAAAAUCCGUACUUCGAAAACAAAGUUCUUUCCAAAGAGUUUCAUCUGAAUGAGAGUGGAGAUCCAUCUUCAAAGUCGACAGAAAUCAAAUGGAAGUCAGGAAAGGACUUGACCAAACGCUCAGGUCAGUCACAGAACAAAGCAGGGCGGAAGAGGCAACAUGAAGAGCCUGAGAGCUUCUUCACCUGGUUCACUGAUCAUGCUGAUGCUGGUGCCGACGAGCUUGGUGAAGUCAUCAAGGAUGACAUCUGGCCGAACCCUCUGCAGUACUACCUGGUUCCGGAUAUGGAUGAUGAGGAGGGUGAAGGGGAGGAUGAAGAGGAAGAUGAAGAGGGCCUGGAAGAUAUUGAUGAAGAGGGAGAUGAAGAUGGAGAGGAGGAUGAAGAUGAUGAUGGAGAAGAUGGAGAGGAUGACGAUGGUGAAGAUGACUAACAAAAUUACUUUCAACUUCAACAGAUGCUCAAACUUUCUAUCCUGUUUGGUUUUACACUUGUGUUCGGGAGCAAAGUUUUUGUUUUUUGUUUUUUAAAUAUAUAUUUUUGUUUUGAACCAUGUGUGUGCUUCAACCACAUUCUGAAGCCUUUUUAUCUAUGGGUGCCAUAAUCUGUUCUUCUUGAUUCAUUUUAAAGCCAAUGGCACUGAAUUGUGAGUAACAUCCCUGAAAAGUCAUCAAAAAGAAAAGCUAAUAAGUAUUAUCAUAGAGCAACAUGGAAACCUGAGUAGAAUUUAAAGAUAAUUCACACAGAAUUCCUCGAUUGUGUGGUAAAGUUGACUAAAGCCAUGGUGUAGUGACCUAGUGGUAGCAGACCUCAAUAUUUUCCCUUUUUUUUUUUAGUUGGGGUUUUGUACCCUUGAAGAAGAAAAUGUUGUUUUGUUCCCCAUUUUGAUUAACAAGUUCCAGCUCAUUCUUUGACUUGUAAUGUUCUGGGGGGCAGGGUCAGAUGUGGAUGGGAUGGGUGUUCGUCGGUUUUCGGGGAGAGUUAUUUUAACAUCAGUUUUACAGGACUUUUUAUUUUCGUUCUUUUAUUUUCUUUUCAUUGUAUUGUUUUACAGAUAUCCAUAAAAAUUUGAAAUGACAUUUUUAAUAAAGGACAAAA